GAUAAUCGCCAGCAGCUGGAGCACAAGCUGGAUAAGGUCCUGCAGAAGCGCAGCGAGCUCGACAAGUCGGUGCGCCACAAGAGCCGGCAGAAGUACCACGAGUUCCUGGAGGAGCAAACCAAGCGCAAUGAGCGCAACAAGAAGCUGGUCCACAUGCUGGAGCGGAUCGAUGAGCAAACGGCAGCCAUGUCGCAGCGCAGCGAGCGACUUAAAAUGAUGAAGCUGCAAUACCAAAUGUACUUUGCGAAAUUGGUCCAGAAUCAAACACUGCGUUGCAUUCAACAAACAACGACGACGGCGACAGGAGCUCCCACAGCCGCCGGCGGAGCCAUGCCGAUGCCAGUCCUGCUGCAACCGCAGCCGCAGUUGACCAAUCCGCAGCCGACGCCGCAGAACUGGACUUUUGCCAUGGCCACGCCCACGCAGGCGGGUAUGGUGCUAACGCCCCAGUUUGCAGCAGGCAUGCCCGGGACCAUGCCCUUUUCAAUGGCACCCCCCGUGGCAUCCAAUCCCGCUCCCCAUCCCGUUUACUAUCCGAAGCUGUUUGGCGGAAGUGCAGCAGCACCGCUUGGCACCUCCAACUUGUUCGAUUUGCGCGCCACCCUGCGCGCCUUUGAUAAUGAGAAUGCCGAUUUACCCGAGCGCAUGCAGCCCCACUUGACAGGUGAUUAUCAGGCGGAGCUGGGCGGAAGGGCCACCCCGGCAACGCCCACAGCUGGGACAUCAAGUACGUCCAACCAGGAGAAGGGUGCCCGCCAGCUGAGCAGCACUUCCUCUACGCUUGCCACAUCCUCGUUGACGUUUGAUAAAUUGCCAAAGACACCGCCAUCUCCAUCGCCAUCGCUGACGUUAACUGAGCUGCCGACUGCAGGAGCAGGAGCAGGAGGUGGGUCAGGCGCUGCAACUUCUGGCCAUGACGUGGGGGGGCCACCGCAAGGGGAAGCCGACGACCUGGACCUGAACCUGGAUGCUUGGACAAAUUCACGCGUGACUAAAGUCGAGUAUGAAAAAUCACCAACUGUCGUGGGCCAUAAUGAGCCGAGCCAGCGACAUCGCCAGCUCCAGCAGCAACAUCAACAGAAGCAGCAGCAGCAACAGCAACAGCAACAUGACUUUGAAGCAUACUUCGGUGAGCUGAAAAUCGAUGAGCCCUGGCAGGAUAGCACCGCUGGCACCUCACCUAGUCCAAUGGAAGACAAACGCCCCCUAAAUGUGCGUUCCGGCGACGUGGCAGGAGGAUCGGGAAUGGGGGCCAAAGUUGGCAUCAGCAACGAUUUGCUGGACGAAGUCAAAGCCAGCCGGUUGGCCCUGGAAAAGGCAGCUGCUGCGGUUGAUGAGCAACUGGCAAGGGGUAAUCAAUUGUCGCCGCCAGUGAGCCAGGAGACCAUGCCGUCCUUCCACCAACCUAAGCCGGGUGUGUCGAUUGAGAAUAUUGAAAAUGCCAUUUACGGCGAACGUUUGACAGGAAAUGCGACAGCAUCAGCAGGAGCCGGAGGAGCAGUUCCUGGAACCGCACCAGCAGGCGGUGGAGCCUCGCCAACCCAGGGAUUUUUCGAAAAUUUGGUAACCAAUACAUCGCCAACCGAGUUGGAAAGGAGAGAGUUGGAGGAGCAACAGCAGCAGCAGCAGCUGGAGCCGGAGGUGGCCGGUUACGGGCAAUAUGAUGCCAGCAGUUAUGGCGAUGCCAGUGAGCCCAUCUACGCCAGCAUCGAUUCCGGCAACCUGCAACCUGAGAGCGCGGCGGUGGAGCCGCUUUACAGCGAAAUCGGAAAUCCCACAGACUAUCAGGCGUAUGCCACGGAUGCCGGGGCUGCCGGAGAUACACCUGCGCAGGCAGCGGCAUCCGAAGUUGCAGCAUCAGCGGGGGAUGCCGGUGGCGAGGUGGCUCUGCCGCAGGAGUACUCCAAUAUUGAUUACAGCAACUACGAGGCCGGUCAGUAUGCGGGCGGCUACGAUCCCAAUGCCUAUCCGGGCUACAUAUACGACGAGGCCACCGGCCAGUAUAUAGCCGAUCCCAAUGCGACCCAAUAUGCGCCGGAUGGUAGUUACGCGGGCCAGGAGUACGACGCCAGUGCGGUGCAGAACUACGACUAUAGUGCGUAUGAACAACAUCAGCAGCAGUCAGAGCAGCAGCAGCAGCAGCAGCAGCAACAGCAGCCUCAGGAGGAGCUGCAGCAGCAGGAAGCGUAUCCAGUGACUGAAAAGAAAACCCCGGAAGCGGAAGAAACUCCUGCUGCUACCGCUGCUCCAGCUGGCCCGGAACCCAGCCAAGCCGCCAAUAAACCCCUCAAACCCACAUCGAUACUCUCGACGACAGACAAACAAGCGGCGCCUAAUGAUGCGCAGCAGCAGCAGCAGCAGAAGAAGAAGAAGCGCGUUAAUUUCGUUGACAGCAGCGAAACGGAUGAUAGCUCAAGCGCGAAACCGACCCCAGCCGCAAAUCCCGGACCCGCGGCAACCACCACCUCCGCCAACGCCUCCACCGUUUCAAAUGCGACCACGCCCCCAGUAGGCGGCAGCGAGAGUGACUUCGAUUUUUCAACGGGCAGCGAGGCGAAGAAUUAGAACAAGCUGAAAACAGUUCGAGCUCUAAUUUGUUGCCAUUUGGGUUAACCCGCCACCGCCCGCGAUUCAAAGCCAGGCCACCGCUUCGAUUUAUUGCCAAUGCAUUUGGAAAAAAUUCACAGAAAAUCCAGCAGAGUGUCGCAAGCGAGAAGGGAUAAAGGAUAGAGAGGAAUAGGUAAAUAGUACUUUACGGCGAAAAGGGAAAAUGGGAAUCUGCUAAAUAAUUGCUUU